GAUGCAGUUGAGUCGUAGGGUGACUGCUGAACGAUAGCCUUAUCAAUCAUUUAGUCUUAUCAAUACUUUUGAUUAUUUACUCAAUACGUCACAGUCAACUGAAAUAUACAGAUUACUUUUUUUAAAGUUUUCCCAGCAGUCAUCAUACGAAACUGCUUGUAACAUCAUCAAAAGUUUCAAAACUUUACCAAUAAAAUUACCAUUAAUAAGUUAACAAUUCAUCAAUGAUGCAUUAAACUAAUUUGUUAUUCAUCAAGAAAUUAUUGUUUUUGACUUUCAGAAGUUUUAUUUCAUUUUCAACUUUUAACGAACAAAAUUGAAAAUAAUUCUUCAAGGAUAUAACAAAACUUGCGAACUUACGUGAUAUUUUCUAUCUUAUCAGAUAAAAAAUAAAGCACAGCUACAUUUGGUCCUAAUGAUGAUGACCUACGGACAUAUUCGGAUAUAACAUUUAGCCUUAAAUAAAAAUCCUUGGCGUAAAUAAACUCAAAGACUAUCCUCGACCUUCAUUUGGACACACCUUCCAUGCUACAGAUUUAAAGAAUAAGCUCAUAGAUGCAAUGGGCAAAAACGAGGCAUUAAUGGACUACACCAUCAAAAAAAUAGAACCAAAAGAUAAACCUGAAGUCCUGGCAUUUCUCAAACGAUUUUUUUUCCGAGAUGAACCACUAAACGAUUCAAUUCAACUCAUUCCUGAAGGAGAAACAAGCUGUCCACCUUUAGAGAAUUAUAGCAUGUCCUCAAUUGAAGAAAAUCUAAGUCUAAUGGCUGUAUCUUCGAGUGGAUCUAUUGUUGGAGUUCUACUCAAUGGAACAACAGUAGCACCGGAAGACUCAGAGGAACCAGAUUUUAUCAAAGAAUGUGAUCACCAAAAGUUCAGGAAAAUUCUUAAAUUAUUACAUCAUGUUGAUCGAGAAGCUAAUGUGGUCAAACGAUACCCUGGAAAAAAAAUAUUAGACAUAAAAAUUAUUUCUGUGGACAAUAACUGGCGUGGGAAAGGAAUAGCCGCAGAACUUUUCAAAAAAACCAUGAAAAUUGCCAAAGAAUUGAAUUACGACUACGUUCGAUGUGAUUGUAGCUCUCAUUUUACAAGUAAACUUUGUAAACGUUUGGGCUUCGAAGAAAUUUUUGAGCUUAAGUAUAAAGAUUAUGUGGAUCAAGAUGGCAAACCAGUUUUCACACCUGCACCACCUCAUGAUUCUAUUUCUACAUGUGUAAGCAAGUUGUAGUGGCGUAUAAAAAAACGUUUUUUAAACGUUUGUUAUAAAUUAUUGUUUUUUAAUUGAUGUGAUUUUCAUUUCAUUCAUUAUUGAUCAACUUUUCCGCUAUAUUUAUUAUGUUAAAAACAAUUUUUCAU